CACGUACACCAGUCCGGUCUGACGUCAGAGGCCCUGACCGCUGUCUCCCGAGGGCUCGGCGGUUCCCAGAGCACGUCAGGCUCCUCCGGCAGUUCGUCCUCCUCAUCUUCUUCCUCAUCUUGCUCUUCGGAGAAGCUGCGAAGUGCCCUCGGUCCUCCCUCCUCAUCCUCCAAUCAGAUCACUCCCAUGAACAAGCCAACCACUGUCCUCAACGGACCUCCCCAGCUUCCCAGUAGUGUGGUUGGGCCACCCUCGCAGUCUGCCUCCAAUAUGCCGCAUUUUUCCCGCCCCGUUGGCACAGCUUCCGUUCACUCCGGUUCUGGUAAGUUUCUUCUGUCUUAUAACUGA